AUGUGGAGAGAACGAUUCAACCCGAUGGAAAACGAAUCAACAGUUUAUCUGGCGAACUGUUUUGCGCGAAUGGCGGAACAGUGCUUGUACAGCUGCCUGCUUAGACAACUGCACAUUCGUACCAGAGUCGUCGCCUUGCGCGAAACCCGUCUGUUGUACACGUCACUCAACUCAAUUUAUUACGAAGUUUCGUUCGACUUCGUCACUCUUCGACCAAGCUGGCUAGUGGACGGUGAACAGACGCACGGUGUUGCACGAUGGUUAAAACACUGCGAUUGCGUAACCGUUUCUCCGAAAAGUCUCGUCGUGGAAAUCGAUUCGUUCGACGAGUUUUCCGUCCAGCCAUGCGAGGCUUCUCAUGAGCAAAUGGACUUCCAGUUGUCCAGUCAAGACUACGGCAUCAUCGAACUGAACAGUACGUCGGUUGCCAUUGCCGGCAAUUCUACCAAUCCGGUUUCGGUUCGUUUCUACGCAGCGUCGAUCCGUGCAGACUUUUUCGUCGAAUUAAAUGGAUCCGAUGUGAAGCGCUUCUGCCCGAACUCGUAAGC